AUGUGCUGUUCUCUCAGGACUGUUUACCGUGACCGCGGCCGCUCCUCCGUGACUUCGUUAAACGCUGCUGCCCACGGCUUUGGCCCCAGAGCGAGACACAGGGGACUGCAGCGCCCCCUGGAGCCCUUAUUACCUCUGGAGCUGAGGACCAGGACAACCCCGCCCCCCGAGAUUCAUGGACCUGAGCUGCUUCAGUCUCUGCCUCAGUCGUCUCUGCCUCAGUCUCUGCCUCAGUCUCUGCCUCAGUCUCUGCCUCAGUCUCUGCCUCAGUCUCUGCCUCAGUCUCUGCCUCAGUCUCUGCCUCAGUCUCUGCCUCAGUCUCUGCCUCAGCCUCUGCCUCAAACGAAGAAGAAGAAGAAGAAGAAGAAGAAGAAGAAGAAGAAGAAGAAGAAGAAGAAGAAGAAGAAGAAGAAGAAGAAGAAGAAGAAGAAGAAGAAGAAGAAGAAGAAGAAGAAGAAGAAGAAGAAGAAGAAGAAGAAGAAGAAGAAAUAA